CUUCUGCUCCUCCAAUGGCUGCCACUGUAGACAUCUUACCAGCAUCACAUAACACCGUUGUCACUAGUAUAACUUGCAAUGAACCCACGAUCACACACACCAGUGCCCCAAUUCUUAGCUUUAACCCACCCUCUUCAUACACCAUCGCCCCCACAACACUCGACAGUGUUCCUCUGCUCUACUACCACCCUUCUUCCUGCACAAUCCCCACCACUGAAAUAGAAACCUUCUAUGAACCUUCCUUCAUAAACCCUUUCAUAGAAACCUACCCGUUAGCAUCACAUAACACACCCACAAACACACAACUUUGCAUGGCUACACACAAUGCUCCCACUCUCCUCAACUCCCAACCACCACCACCUUCAGGUUUACCCAUAACACCAAUUUAUCUCACAAAUCAGCUCAACCAAGUCAUUUCUACUCCUCCUUCAUAUACAACUUAUUCACUAGACCCAAUUGUAAGCCAGACGUCGACCAUGAAUUCACCAAGUUCUUUGGGUAUGGGCCCAUCAACAUUCAAUCCCCGCCCUUUAUUUGACACUACAAGUGCAUUUGGUGGGUUGCAUUAUAAUGAUGACGCAAAUGUUGGUUUUGGGUUUUUUACUGAUGCUGGAAUGACAGUGAGACAGUCAGAGGCUAUGGAACCAUGCAACUUAGGAAUGUACUCGUCUGCACCCAUGCAGACAUUCUAUGAUCCAGAAAACUUACAGGUGUUAAGAGAUAGCAACCAACCAAUGGUCGGAUGUAGCACGAGCAUGGCUCCAUUACAAGUGGCUGCUAAAGAUGAGUCAAAAAUAGAUGAAUCAGAUUUUAAGGUUCCCAAGUUAACAUUAGCGGAGAAGAAUAAUAAGAUAAAUAGGUACAAGGAGAAGAAAAAAGCCAGAAAUUAUAACAGAAAAAUCAAUUAUCCAUGUAGGAAGAUUCUAGCCGAUAGCAGACAUCGAGUUCGAGGAAGGUUUGCGAAGAAUGAUGAGGUUCCCCAAGCGGCAUCGAGGCCACCCACAUCUGUCGAUCAUUAAUUUGAUGACGUUGAUGAAAGAAUAGUAGCGAAGCAACAUGAAGAAAGGCUUCAGUCUUCCACAACAAUGGCUCUUAGAAGCCAUGGACAUGAUUAAGAUCAUAUAAAUAAGUUCUAAAUUCUAGUUGUUAUUUUCCUUCAUGUACAUUGCUUUCACAACUAUCCACU